AUGGGCUGGAUCAAGAGCUUGUUCCGUCCUCGGCAGGAGUACGAGCCUUUACAGAACGAUGCCGACCAAGAUGACACAAGCAUACAAGAUGAGGCGGAAGAUGAGACAAAGGAGGCAGCAUUCUCAUGGGCAGAAUAUGCCAUCUUCCUGCUGCUGGGUAUCGCGAUGCUAUGGGCAUGGAACAUGUUCCUAGCAGCAGCACCUUACUUUCAGUUGCGUUUCCGUACGAGUCGAUGGAUCCUUGACCAUUUUCAGGCUGCCGAGAUCUCAGUAUCGACUGUCACGAACCUCUCGUCGAUGAUAACAUUGACGAAACUUCAGAAGGGGGCAUCAUAUCCGAGAAGAAUAUCCGCGUCGUUGGUCCUCAAUACACUCAUCUUUGGAGUCCUGUCUAUAUCGACAUUGGUCAAAGUUCCCGCAGGCGUUUACUUUGGAUUCCUCCUCGUGGCCAUCUUCUUCGCCAGCUUCUCGACUGGACUUAUUCAGAAUGGGCUCUUCUCGUUCGCGUCCGGGUUCGGGAGAAGCGAAUAUACUCAGGCUAUUAUGACGGGCCAGGCUGUUGCGGGAGUGCUCCCGCCGCUGGCACAGAUCAUCUCGGUUCUGGCCGUAUCUGCGAAGCAUCCCGAUGGUGCAGGGAGUACAGACGCGUCUCCGACGUCAGCGUUGAUAUACUUCCUGACUGCGACUGCUAUCUCCAUUCUAGCAUUGCUGGCUUUCUUCUAUCUACUGCCCAGGCAUCACCAUCACAACAGCCUGAAGGCAGCGGCCAAGUCCUCUGCAAACGGGACGUCAGAAGGCGACGUGCUCACAGACGAUGUCAGAGUUACGGGAAGCGGCGAUGACGACGUCGAGCCCGAAGAACGUCCUUCGGUGUCACUGACGACACUGUUCCUCAAGAUGCCCUUCCUCUGUGCAGCAGUCUUUAUCUGCUUUGGAGUUACAAUGGUCUUUCCCGUCUUCACAGCCUCGAUCCGAUCUGUGCGUGGUAUCGACUCUGCGAUCUUCAUUCCCACCGCCUUCCUGCUGUGGAACAUUGGCGACCUCUUGGGCCGACUGUCGACGCUGUGGAAGAGGAUAUCAUUGACACAUUACCCUUUCGCUCUCUUCUGUCUAGCUAUGGCAAGACUCCUAUUCAUCCCGUUGUACUUCUUGUGCAACAUCAAGGGCAAAGGAGCCGUGGUCAGCAGCGAUUUCUUCUACCUGGUCAUUGUGCAGUUUCUGUUCGGGUUCUCAAACGGCUACCUUGGAAGCGAAUGCAUGAUGGGUGCCGGAGAAUGGGUUGCCCCCGAAGAGCGUGAAGCCGCUGGUGGCUUCAUGGGACUCAUGCUUGUUAGUGGUCUCACGGUCGGCAGUCUCCUGAGCUUCUUGCUUGGAGAUGUAUGA